CUAUCUUAAUUUGUAUCUCUUUCUCUUUUUCUUAGUGCGUUCGUUCUUUGUUUGCGUAUCCUUUCCCUUUUCUCUCGAUCUCUCUCUUCGCGGCGGAGAAGAGAAAGGGACCGGGGGGGAGAGAAAGGUUGCAUCUUGGGCCCUCUCUGGCCUGUAAUUUGGAGUUCACUAUGGCAUCCGACUCUACAGCAGAGCAAUGCCAAAUGGUGCCAUCAGGAUUAUUGACUGGCAUCAAGUUUGACAUUUUAUCUGGACGUGAUAUGGAGAAGUUCAGCACUACAACUAUUAUUGAAACUGCUGAUUUAACUGAUGCUAAAUUGGGCCUGCCUAAUGCAUCAAAUCAAUGUGCAAAUUGUGGAUCCGGCAGCAUUAGAGACUGUGAUGGUCAUUUUGGGCUCAUCAAAUUGCCAGUAGUCACUUAUCAUCCCUAUUUUGUCCCUGAAAUUGUUCACAUUCUCAAUCAAAUUUGUCCUGGAUGCAAAUCAGCAAAGCAGGAUAUCAGAAGGAAGGUUGCUUCAAGUUUACAAAACAACAAGAAAUUUAUCGGUGAUGAUGCAUGUGAUUUGGAUGCUAUUUACAAAAGCCUAAGGGGCGCUGAGAGAAAGUUAUUGAAAAUAAUUAGAUUAAAACUGUCGCUUCCAAAAGGGGUUCUUUCUGUUGCCUGCUUUAAAAGGCGUGCGAAGCGCAAAAAGAGGCCAGCAGCAGCGAGUAUUCAAGCUGGUUGCAAGUAUUGUGCUAGGAGUCCAGAUUUGUGGUAUCCUCAUAUGAAAUUUAAGAUUUUACCAGUCAAAAUAAAUGGGAAGAGAAGCUUUUCGAUAAUUGCUGAGAUUAAUGAAAAGCCACCAAGGAGAUUUCGAAAUCGAAAUCUGAGUGAUGUUUUACCAAAAGAUUAUUGGAAUUUUGUCCCUGAGGAUCCACAGCAGCAAGGAGCACCUGUGAGCAGAAUGAUUAUGUCACCUUCCCAGGUAUUUUAUCUAUUGAAACAACUUGAUCGAGAAUAUAUUAAACGGUUUGUUUCAAGGAGGGAGUUGCUAUUUCUUCCUUGCCUUACAGUUACUCCCAAUAGUCAUCGUGUGAUGGAAGUACACUCUUAUAAUGAUGGUCCGCGAUUAGUUUUUGAUGAACGUACCAAGGCUUUCAAGAGGCUUUCUGACUUGAACAGGAAGUUUGAUGAGUGUCAGCACAAUCAAGAAUUUGGAGUUCUUCCUUCAACUCAUGUUACUAGCCGCGUUCUUGACUGCUUAAACAUGUCCCGGCUGCAUACGCAUCAAUCAUUAAAUGAAGAUUCACCAUCUUCUAAGUCUGGGCUCAGAUGGCUCAAAGAAAUUUUUCUCAGUAAGAGGACAGAUAAUGCGUUCCGGAUGACUGUUGUGGGUGAUCCAAAGUUACGAUUGGAUGAAAUUGGUGUGCCCUGGGAUAUAGCUGAAAACAUGCUUAUCUGUGAGCAUGUUAAUGCUUACAACUUACAGAAGCUCAACAGGAUUUUUACAAUGCAGCUUCUUUCGAAGGAACAAAUCUAUGUUAGAAGAAAAGGGAAACUGGUCCACCUUCGUAAAGCAAAUCAACUCCAAGUGGGUGAUACUUUCUACAGACCAUUAGAAGAUGGUGAUGUCGUGCUCAUAAAUAGAAAUCCAUCUGUGCAUCAACAUUCACUCAUUGCAUUUUCUGUCAAGGUCCUGCCAAGUCAGUCUGUCUUUUCAAUUAAUCCCUUGUGCUGUGCCCCUUUCAAUGGAGAUUUUGAUGGAGACUGUCUCCAUGGGUUUGUCCCACAGUCCUUGCGAUGUAGAGUAGAACUUGGACAGUUAGUUGCUCUGGACUGUCAGUUAUUAAAUAGCCAAGAUGGGCAGAGCCUUCUUUCUUUAACCCAUGAUAGCUUAACUGCUGCACAUUUGAUAACUGGCCAAGACCGUGUUAUUUUCUUCAACAAGUUUGAGAUGCAGCAAUUGGCGAUGUUAUGUCCUUUCCCAUUGCCACUUCCAGCAAUUCUCAAAGCUCCAGGGCUUCAGGGUCCUCUCUGGACUGGCCAACAACUAUUUAGUAUGCUUCUCCCUGAAAUGACCCAAAAUGGUAAUGGAGGUCUUUAUUUUCCUGAUAAUUCAAGGUGGCUCCAGAAUGGCUCCUCUGGCAUAUUUUCUAACAUGUUCAGAUGUUAUGGUAAAAAAGCUCUGGAUUUUGUUUUUGCUGCGCAAGAUGCUCUGUGUGAAUGUUUAUCAAUGAGUGGCUUUAGUGUCAGUUUAAGUGAUCUCUAUCUGUCUCCUGAUUUUUAUUCACGAUGUAAGAUGAUUGAUGAAGUUAGUUUGGGGUUGGAAGAAGCAAAGGUUGCCGCUCAUAUUAAAAAGCUUCUAUUGGAUCUGGAACUGGGAAUUUACCUGACAGGUUAUGAUGAGAGUGAAGAUUCAUUUGAUCCUAUGGAGUAUGACUCUUCAACACUAAAUUCAACGCAAAUGAUCCAGGCAUCAAUUUCUGCAUUCAAAGAUGUAUUUCAUGAUAUUCAACAUGUUGUGCAUCAACAUAUCAGCAAUGACAAUUCCAUGUUAGCCAUGGUGCACGCAGGAAGCAAGGGCAGUUUGCUGAAACUAGUUCAACAAGGUGCCUGUGUAGGCCUGCAGGUUUUCCCAAGUUCUCGUGAUAAAAAUUUUGAUGUGGUUAGAGCUUCUUUUCUUGAUGGUUUAAAUCCUUUAGAAUGUUUUUCACAUGCUUUAUCAAGCCGUGGAAAUAUGUUUAGUGCACAUGCAGAGCUUCCUGGAACUUUAACUCGGAAGCUAAUGUUUUAUAUGCGUGAUCUCUAUGUUGCCUAUGAUGGAACAGUGAGAAAUGCUUUUGACCAGCAAAUUGUACAGUUUUCCUAUGAUAUUCCUGGUGAUACAUCCACAAAAAAUGAUGGAUAUUAUGAAAGUUGGGAAGAAGACAUUCAAAAGAAUGCUUUAGGUGGUCAUGCUGUGGGUUCUGUAGCUGCUUGUGCCGUUUCAGAAGCUGCAUAUGGAGCUUUGGACCACCCAAUUAAUAGUCUGGAAUCUUCUCCAUUGAUGAACUUAAAGAAAGUAUUAGAGUGCAGUCGGAGUAGUGCAGUAACAGGCUGUAGUAUAUCAGUAAUUCUAUCUGAUAAACUCAGGCGUAGGGCUUAUGGUUUUGAAUAUGGAGCCUUGGAAGUUAAGAAACAUCUGGAACCGGUUAUCUUUUCUGAUGUGGUGAAUACUGUGAUGAUUGUUUAUGCUGGGUGUGACCCUCAAUUCAAAAAUUGUAGCCCUUGGGCUGUGUAUUUUCAUGUCAAUAAGGACAAGAUGAUGAGGAAGGGCUUGACAUUGAAUAAAAUAAUAAAUGAGCUGCUGGGAAAUUAUGAAAUUGCAAGACAAAGGGCAAAGAUAACCCUUCCAUCAUUGUGUAUAAUACCUGCGGAUUCUAUGGUAAUGGAUGAAGAGAAGGAAUAUGAUGAUGCAAUCCCGAUAGCUGUUAAAUUAUCUGACGCAGACAUACAGUUGGAUACCAUAAGAGAUGCUUUGAUACCAAUGUUGCUUCAGACACUCGUUAAAGGACUCUUGGAGUUUAAGCGAGUUGAUAUUUUGUGGGAUUAUCAACUGGGUUCACGUAAUCCAGAUGGUGAACUUUUUGUCAAAGUUUUUAUGUCGGAGCAUUGUGUGCCAGGAAUGUUAUGGAGCACUCUUGUGAAUGCCUGUCUGCCCAUAAUGGAACUGAUUGAUUGGACUCGUAGCCAUCCAGAUAACGUGCAUGAUGUUUCUGACGUGAAUGGGAUAGACACAGCAUGGAAAUAUUUUUUUGGAAGCUUAAAAUCAGCAAUGUCCGAUACAGGUAGAAAAGUGCAUCAAGAACACUUGAGAGUUGUUGCUGAUCGCCUUUCAGUAACUGGACAGUUUAGUGGAUUAAGUCGCAAAGGGCUGAAGCUAAAAAAUCCAACACCUUUCAAUCAAGCCGCCUUUUCUAAUCCAUCUAAUUCCUUCAUUAAAGCUGCCAAAGAAGGCUCAGUUGAUCAUCUUUGUGGCACCAUUGAUGCAAUGGCUUGGGGGAAGGAGGCUCCAAUAGGAACAGGCGGACCAUUUGAAAUCAUGUAUUCUGGGGAGGUUCCUAAUAUCAAGCCGAGUGAGAAUAUAUACGAGACAUUGAGUUCUCUUCGGAUAAAUAAAUCUCAGAAUGCCGUUGCAGGCAUGGCUAAUUGUGAUUAUCAUCCAAACAAACAUUCAAAUACGCAGAGGUUUAUGCCAAAUAGUCAGACACAUCUCGACUAUGAGCUUAAUUCUUCUCUAAAUGCUGACUCUUCCUUCGCAAAUCUGGUGGACAUGUCCUCUUCUUUGCGGAGAAUAUUGCAUGAAUAUCCAAUUGGUGGAUACCUUAAUGAGGCAGACAAGUCACGUUUGAUAGAAGCCAUACAUUAUCAUCCCAGAAGAGAUGAGAAAAUGGGAAGUGGAAUUCAAGAUAUCACGGUUGGUCAUCAUCCGUCACACCAGGGCAGUAGAUGUUUUUUCCUGGCCAGAACAGACGGAACAUCAGAGGAUAUUUCGUACCGCAAAUGUGUUCUUGGCGCAGCAAUGCAAAUUUCACCCAAGUGCGCGAGGAUCGUCGGCCGGAAGCUGUACAACAACGAUCACACAAUUCCGUACUCUGAGCAGAAGUGGCUGUCUACAUGACUGUGCUCCGUUGGUUUGUAUAUAAUGGCGCCGGAGAUUGACAGUGGAUGACGAUGCGGCGGAGGGUAUCUCUUUUGGAGAUCAUGGUGGUGAAACUUUUGUGGCUGAAAGAAGAUAAAGUUAACAGAUUCAUUGAAGCAAACAAGUCUUUUCUUAGUCAUAAAUUGUAAUUUCAUAUUUAAGACAAUUAGUUUAGUUGCAAAACAAGCUGUACAUGCACCAAUUUUGGCAUUAACAUAGAUUAACAGGUGCUUCAUAAUGUAAUAAGUUUUUAUUCUAUUUCAUUUUCAAAGCAAUGAUGUAAAUGUUUGGAUUCAUUCUCAAGCUAAUCAAUUCUUUUUCGGAAUAAGAAAGUACAUGGUUU